GGUGUCCCAGGCCGCCACACGCCCGGCUCUCCGCCUAGGGCAGAGAGGCCGGAGGCUCCAGCUCAGCACGCGGCGGGAGUGGGCGGCGAGCGCCAGCAGGCGAGCAAGAAAAUCUGCUCGGUCCCAGGCAGCCGCCGCUGCCCCUUUGAUGUUUUGGUACACCGUGCGCAUGCGCCUCACAUUAGAAUUACUGCACUGGGCAGACUAAGUUGGAUCUCUUCUCUUCAGUGAAACCCUCAAUCCCAUCAAAAACUAAAGGGAUGUGGAGAGUCCGGAAAAAGGGCUACUUUGGGAUUUGGUCAUUCCCCUUAAUAAUCGCCGCUGUCUGUGCGCAGAGUGUCAAUGACCCUAGUAAUAUGUCGCUGGUUAAAGAGACAGUGGAUAGACUCCUGAAAGGCUAUGACAUUCGUCUGAGACCAGAUUUUGGAGGUCCCCCUGUGGCCGUGGGAAUGAACAUUGACAUUGCUAGCAUCGAUAUGGUUUCCGAAGUCAAUAUGGAUUAUACCUUGACAAUGUACUUUCAGCAAGCCUGGAGAGAUAAGAGACUGUCCUAUAAUGUAAUACCUUUAAACUUGACUCUGGACAAUAGAGUGGCAGACCAGCUCUGGGUGCCCGAUACCUACUUUCUGAAUGAUAAGAAGUCAUUUGUGCAUGGAGUGACUGUCAAGAACCGCAUGAUCCGCCUGCAUCCAGAUGGGACCGUUCUUUAUGGCCUCAGAAUCACAACCACAGCUGCCUGCAUGAUGGACCUAAGGCGGUACCCACUGGAUGAACAAAACUGCACCUUGGAAAUUGAAAGCUAUGGAUAUACCACCGAUGACAUUGAGUUUUACUGGCGUGGGGAUGAUAACGCAGUAACAGGAGUGACAAAGAUUGAACUUCCACAGUUCUCUAUCGUGGAUUACAAACUUAUCACCAAGAAGGUUGUUUUUUCCACAGGUUCCUAUCCCAGAUUGUCCCUCAGCUUUAAGCUUAAGAGAAACAUUGGUUACUUUAUUCUGCAAACAUACAUGCCUUCCAUCCUGAUCACUAUCCUCUCCUGGGUCUCCUUCUGGAUUAAUUAUGAUGCAUCAGCUGCAAGAGUGGCAUUAGGAAUUACAACUGUCCUUACAAUGACUACGAUCAAUACCCACUUGCGGGAGACUCUCCCUAAAAUCCCCUAUGUGAAGGCCAUUGACAUGUACCUGAUGGGGUGCUUUGUCUUUGUUUUCAUGGCCCUUCUGGAAUAUGCUUUGGUCAACUACAUCUUUUUUGGGAGGGGACCCCAACGCCAAAAGAAAGCAGCUGAGAAAGCUGCUAGUGCCAACAAUGAGAAGAUGCGCCUGGAUGUCAACAAGAUUUUUUAUAAAGAUAUUAAACAAAAUGGGACCCAAUAUCGAUCCUUGUGGGACCCAACUGGAAACCUCUCCCCAACUAGACGGACUACCAAUUACGAUUUCUCUCUGUAUACGAUGGACCCACAUGAGAACAUCUUACUGAGCACUCUUGAGAUAAAAAACGAAAUGGCCACAUCUGAGGCUGUGAUGGGACUUGGAGACCCCAGGAGCACAAUGUUGGCCUAUGAUGCCUCCAGCAUCCAAUAUCGGAAAGCCGGGUUACCCAGGCAUAGUUUUGGCCGAAAUGCUCUUGAGCGACAUGUGGCACAAAAGAAAAGCCGCCUGCGGAGACGUGCCUCCCAACUGAAAAUCACCAUCCCCGACUUGACUGAUGUGAAUGCCAUAGAUCGGUGGUCCCGCAUAUUCUUCCCAGUGGUUUUUUCCUUCUUCAACAUCGUCUAUUGGCUUUAUUAUGUGAACUAAAACAUAGCCUCCCAUGGGAAGCAAGGACUAGAUUCCUCCUCAAACCAGUUGUACAGCCUGACGUAGGACUUGGAAAACACAUCAAUCCAGGACAAAAGUGAUGCUAAAAUACCUUAGUUGCUGGCCUAUCCUGUGGUCCAUUUCAUACCAUUUGGGUUGCUUCUGCUAAGUAAUGAAUACACUAAGGUCCUUGUGGUUUUCCAGUUAAAAUGCAAGUGAUUUGUA